CACAAAACGUAUAUUUGUUUUUUUUUUUGCACUCUACUAUCUAAUUGUAUUCCUAGCCAUGCAACUCCACAACAGCCUCCCGCCAGAGGUCCUUGCACUGAUUAUCGAGACCCUCUUUUACGAGACUGUCGACUACAUGUCUGCUCCCCAGCUGUCGCGGUUUUUGCAGCAGGUUUCACUGAAUCGGCACACGCGACAGGCUGGGUUGUCCAUGUGCUGCCAGCAUGGGUUUGUCGAGGUCAGGGUGGCCACGCACGGGCUGCCAUGGCUCGGUGCAGCGACCAAUGCGAGUUCUGGCAUGAUUGAGCAACGCGCAGGCUGGAGGUCGAACAUCCGGUACAUUAGUGCAAUGAACAGGCGUCAUGCCACCCACACUCUGUUCUUGGAGAUGCGCAAAUGCAGGGAUGUGCGACAGAUCGCACAGGCGCUGGCAGAAGCAGGGCUGUUUGAAGCCGAGUGGCCUGCAGUGCGUACGCUGGUGGUCGGCGAUCCUGGGCACUCCAACACCAGCUGGCACGGCAGCAUGGAGAAGGUCAUAAGUGAGCUAGGGUCAGACCUCUUGCGCGUGGUGCCGAAUGCCCGGUACCUACGCAUCAGCGACAGCGGCACCAUGUACGAUGAGCUGGUGCUUGGUGCGCUCCUGCAAGAAAACAGACGGACCAGUAGACUGACACUGUGCAUGCGAGACAUUACAUCCAGUGGUAUGUCGCACUUUCCGGCGACGCUGACAAGCCUAUAUAUCAACUCUGGGUCGAUCAUUAGCCUGGUGGAUCUGCCGCGUAUAUGCGCUGAGACGCUGAUUGCGCUGACGCUGAAGCCGAUUCAGUCGGGGAACUUGUGGGGCAGAUUCACCAACGAGCCGCGCAGGCUGGUCGAGUUCAGGGAGUUGCGGAUGCUGAGCCUUGGGUUUGCAGCAAGCACCACGGCGUCACCGGUCGGGUAUGGAAACAGCGUACUCCCCGUUUUUCCCAGGCUGGCAAGCCUGAAAGUGUCUGGGUACGAGUAUGAUGUCAAUGACCUGCUGUCGCAGUUCCCGCGGGCACAGAUCGAAUCGCUGGAGCUGCGUGGCACACCAACCAAGCACAUGAUUGAGACAGAUCCCUUUAGAUCCCUGAAGAACGUGGUUGUUUUUGGCGGGAUCCAGGAAACACAGGAUGCGUUCUUCUGCCGGUGCUUCAGAGACCUGACGACGGUGCAGCGGCUGACAGUGGACUGCCUGCCUACGUUUGACACGUUUGUGCAGUUCCCCGGGUUCGUCCAGCUGCGCAGCCUAGAGCUGACACGCUACCAGCUGUCGUCAUUCCUGACAGAGUGCGAUUCGCCGCGGGACCUGUUCAAGGAUGGAUAUCGGGCGAUUCUGCCGCACCUGAAGCAACUGUCUAUCAGUGGCGGAAUUCCCAAUAGCAAUGAAGGCAGGUGCGCGUCCCAGUUGGUUGCCCUGAUGACUGGCAUGCCACAGCUCGAGUGCGUGCGUUUAGGAGGCGCAUUUGUGCUCUGCAUUAGCGAAAUCUACCGUAACAUACGGAGCGUCCUGUCAGAUGAUGUGCUUGGGUUGAAGGCGCAGCAUCUUUGCAUGGUCUAUAUCUUUCUCAGGUACGAAUGAUGCUGUAAUUUAUUUCCG